GGAGGGAGCACCAGAGGAGGGGAAAGUAGAUGAGAGGGAGAAGUAAAGAGGGAAACUGAGGGAGUCAGGAGAAGAGAGGAGACUAAAAGGAAAGGAGCGCAAAAAAAAGGAGGACAGAUCAGCAAAUAAGCCUAGUAGCAUUCCUCUCGCAGCUGCAGUGAUCCAGGCUGGGAGGGGAACUUUAGCUCACCGGGAGAAAUAAUAAAAACCAAACAAGAAUUUUCUAUAUAUUUUCUCUGAGCUAAGAAACCAGAAGCUACUGUAAAAAAGGAAAGGGAGCAAGAAGAGAGCUUCUGCAGCCUCCGAGUGUCCUGCAGGGAAAGAUGGAUUCAGAUUCUGGAGAGCAGAGUGACGGAGACCUCUCUCCAGGGCAGGAGAGCUUCAACUCCCGUUCCCUGGCUCUGCAGGCCCAGAAGAAGAUCCUGAGUAAGAUGGCCACCAUGGUGGUGGCUAACAUGCUGACGGAUGAUACCAGCAGUGAGAUCUUGGACGAGCUCUACAAGGCGAGUCGGGAGUUCACCAAGAGCAAGAAGGAGGCCCACAAGAUCAUCAAGGACGUCAUCAAGAUUGCUCUGAAGAUUGGCAUCUUAUACCGUAACCACCAGUUCAGCCCGGAUGAGCUGGACACAGUGGAGCGCUUCAAGAAGAAGAUGAACCAGGCGGCCAUGACGGCGGUGUCGUUCUACGAGGUGGAGUACACCUUUGACCGGAAUAUUCUGUCAGAGCUUCUGCUGGAGUGCAGGGACCUGCUUCACGCCUUGGUCGAGCAGCACCUGACCGCACGCUCACAUGCCCGCAUCGAUCACGUUUUCAACCAUUUUGCCCACGGGGAGUUCCUGGCCGAGCUGUACGGAGACGGAGAGGAGUACAGACUCUCUCUGAGGAAGAUCUGCAAUGGCAUCAACAAACUGCUGGACGAAGGAACGCUUUAACCUCUUGCACUUGACCCCUUUCACCUCAAGCUCUUUCUCCCUUUGCUCCUUUUCUCGCUGGCCUCUCCUUUGUAUGUCCUUUUCACUUGACUGCCACAUCCUCUUAUUGCUCUCGUCUUCCUGUUUCUUCCGCAUCGAUUUCCACGGAGGUUGUUGUAACAUCCUGCUGUUAUGGUUCAAUGAGGGAUUCUUUUUUUUUUUUUUUGGACUGUCUUUACACUCAGUGGAAUCCUUUCUGCACGCUAAGACAGCCUGUUUCACAUUGUAUGCAUUUUACAUCCUCUUUGUGUGCAAAAGUGUACUGUACCAAUGGCCAAAAAAAAACUUGCAGUAGGUAUAUUUGGAUAUGGAAGAUAAUCAGUUGUAGUAAUCAGUCUUUCUAUGUGUGGUUGCAUGUGUGCGUGUAUGAGAGGAUGGCUGCGUGUGCUUGUAUGGGAUCCGCUUGAAUAACGUUGUGUAGUGUUUGUACAUAAGACCAAUAAUGACCUGGUAUGUAUUAUGUAUCUGUGUCAAUCUUCUCAACAAGGGUGUAACACGUGUCCUUUAUUAAAGAUUUCUUUAAAUCAUUA